AUAUAUCUCAAGUGUUCCAUGAUAAAACUUUUAAACUGUGUCCUCCGCACAACGAUGAUGAAUGAAGAUAAGUUUAAAGUGUUUCGCUAUAGCAACUGAUUUGCUAUCGAUUAUUUUUGUGAAAUGAAAUCUAAAUAAAAUGAUGGAAUGUUCGGUUCAAGUUCAGUAAUACUUGUACGCUCAUUGGCGAACCAGCGACCUCACAAGUUUGGCGUCCCGCGAAAUUUUUGGCCAACUAAAGAAACGGAAAAAGCAUAAAAACCAUGAGUUCGAAAUCUAUAUUCGAAACUGAAGAUGAUGUGGCGCAGGCCAACAAGUUUGUUAAUAAAGCCAAGGAGUCUCCUUUUAUGUUGAUCGGCAUUGCGGGCUUCGUGGCAGCGGGUCUGAUUGGUGCGUACAAGUACAAGAAUCGCGGCACGAUGAGCACCAGCGUUUUCCUUAUGCAGCUGCGUGUCGCCGCACAGGGCACAGUCGUGGGCUGCCUGACCGUUGGACUCGGCUAUCAGAUGGCUAAGGAGUACCUGUUUGACAAGAAGCCCAAGGAAAAUUUGAAGUCUUUACAUAAUUAAUGCACUUUUGAUUGAUUUGGCCCGCACAUUUCCCGAGACACCAUCCAAAACAUUGCCAGAGGCUUUGACGAAACUUUUAAUACCAAUUAUGUACCACAUAUUUAUUACCAUACAUUUACGAAGAUUGUUAAAAGCAAGGCGACAAAUUGUUAGAUCAAAUUCUAAAAUGUAAGAUAAUGAAUGUUUUCUAUGCCUGUGUAAGAUUGUGAUAAUGCGUAUGCGUGUUUGACUAAACAAACAAAAACAACUCUUAAAUAUUUACUUACAAGUGUAAAACUGUCGAAUUGUCGGAACGGUCUGAACGAUGAAUACCUCCUAUGUAAAUGAUAUAUGAUUAAAAUCAAAUAAUUAAGUUAUUAAAAAUUGUCUUUCUAUUUUCCUUUUUCAUUUCUUAAGUUGUAAAAAACCUGUUUGCUUCUGAUU